CAUUACCCGUUAGCUCUCUUAAUUGUUGUGUUUUUUUCUAACAUUAGUUGGUUGUAGCCUCUUUGCUCGACGUCUGCGGUUACAUUGCUUUUCCUGACGACUCGAGUGACAUUUAAAUCGCUGUUUUGACUAUUUACGCGCACCGGCUAGUUGUUUAUAGUCGCUGAAAAACUCCAUUAACCGUCAUCCCUUCGUGUAUUGUCCGGAGUCACGAGGUAGCUUAGCUAGCUUCACUCCGCUGCUCUGGAUGAUCACUUCGGUCACCGGCUUCUCCUGCUGCAGCUGACUAAUGGAUCCUGUCUGACUGCAGUAAAACAACUACUGUGACCCGAACAGAGAGUCUUCUGUGAUGGGAGCUGCAUUCGACGAACCCUGAAGCUGUGGUGUUAGUUCAACAAGUUUACCAUGAUGCCCAUGACCUUUCAGGUGUCGAACAACGUGACGCUGCUGUUUGACUUCUGGGAUGUGCAUGGACCUGCUGGGAUGGUACUGUCGGUGUUUGUGGUCUUGCUGCUGACGGUCUUCUAUGAGGUGCUCAAGGUUUGGAGGGUUUGGUUGGGAAACGGCUCCAAACUGUCCCAGCCUGCCACUGGGUACACCGCCCCUCCGUCCUGCCGAACCGACAGCAGCUCAGCGCUGGACAGCAGCCCGUCCGAAUCCUCCCUGACCCCCAUCGAGCCUCAACCUCCAACAACAAGCACCAGGAAGAGCUGGUUGCUGCAUGUCAUCCAGACGCUCCUCCACAUCGUGCAGGUCACUCUGGGCUACAUGCUGAUGCUCUGCGUCAUGUCCUACAACACCUGGAUCUUCCUCGGCGUCAUCAUCGGCUCUGUCCUCGGUUACUUCAUCUCGUUUCCUCUCCUGGGUCAGACGGUAUGACGGUACAGACAGUUCAGAUACCGACACAAACACAGAGGACUGAUGGUUUUUUUUCUUCUCUGUUUUUGUCUUUGGAGGAUCAAAUGCUUUGGAUACUAAACAGGAAACCACUUCACCAAGUAAUUUGCGUUUGUUGUUCUGCUGGGUUUGCACAAAAGGGGAAUGAGCUGUACGACACUAACUGCUGCGUGAAACUCACCUGGACACGGAAACUGGAAUUCUAAUGCCUGAAUUAGUCUUCAGUUUUUAGUCACGGGAUUUUGUUGUUCAAAACAUUUCAGCUGGACAUGUAAAUACAAACAUUUGUCAUAAUAUUCAGUUUCAGAUGCGAUUCUAAAACAGCCAAGCGACUAAUAGUUUUCUUAAUCUCCAGUUGAGAGAAUGCUGCAUGCUUAAAUGUCCUUAAUUAUUGAUAACGCUUUAAAAAAAAAAGUGAACAAUAGAGUCAAAGAGGACAACUAGAUUUGGAUAGGUACCACAAAAGCUCAUCAUUAUGAUUGUCUUGAUGUUUUUAUGCACUACUUUGACACAUUUGUACAAGUACAGACGCAGUCCUCUAAAGUAAUUCAAGGUGUUUUGACACUAUAGAUGAUUUAAAAUGAGUUUUUUCAUGAAGAGACACUGCCACUGUAACUUUAACGUAAAGCUCAUUCAAUAGAUGUAUGUUUUUGACAAGUGGAACUAACAAAAUUUGUAAAAAAAAAAAAAAACUUGAUUUAUGAAUGUUAUUACAGAGUUUUGGAGUGCAAUCUAAAAACUAACGGACACUUGGAGCUGAUUUUCACAGGCAGAAGUCAUAAGACGGUUAGUUUGAGGAACUGAUUCAUGUGACUUGAACUUAAAAACUCCUCGGAUGUUUCAGUUUCGUAAGUUCAUCAAGGGACAGAGAAAGUGAAGUAGGUCAAAUGGUUCUGUGGCAAACCGUUGACAAACCACGAGCCAAAAAAAAAUGAACAAACAGUGCCUUAAAGCUGACCUUUGAGGUUUGUUUUUGCUUAAAAUAUGAACAUAUUUCACUAUUUUUAUAACUGAAACGUCUUAACACUGAACAUGGUUGAUAGCAAUAUUUUUCCUGAAUAAAAACCUUGAAACGCUUGUUUGGAGAAGAAAAAAAAUAAAGAAAUGAUGAAAUAUU